CGAAGCAGUCCCCGUCGAAGCAGUGGAGUCACGACUCUCCGGACACUCCCGUGGAACCGAGCGGUCGGGAUUCUAAGGAGGCUUCCCCCGGUUCCGGACCAGAAUCACCCGAGCGGCAGCCCCCGCUGUCGGCGUCCAACUCUAUGGCGUUCACGAUUCCCUUCGACGACGACGCCGGCGGGACGCCGGGCAGACGCUUCGGCCUCAAGGACAGCAUAAAGAAGUUUGCGCCCCCCAAGCCGGAGGCCGAGCGAACGCCGACCAAGCUCCGGCCGUCUUCGGUUUCGCUGGCUAAAGACGUCCCUGGCGCCAAGAAGGUCGCACCAACUCCGCCAGGCUUGAACCAGAAUGGCGUGGAUACCAAACGACGGUGGAGUGCUUUGGAAGGUCGGGGAGCCAACGAUAAGGGUCUCGUGAAUGGGGGUCAGGGGGAGUCCCGUCCAUCCUCCGGCUGGAAGUCCGACCUCCCCAAGUCCUCUCCCAGGCAGGACGAGCGGCUGAGCGACUCGGCGACCUACCUCAUUCAGCGGAUGCUGAACGACGGGCCGCCACGAGCCCCGCUUCCCGGACCGCCGUCCGGCCGCCAGACCCUGCUGGGCGGAUCCUCGUCCGAGCCACAGCUCGUAUCCCCCGGCGACGACCGGAGCGAGACGGGCACCUACACGGUAGAGAUGGACCGGGCCGAUCCGGCUGUGGAGGAGGCCCGUCGCAAGAUUGACGAGGUCUUCGGCGUGCCCCUGCGGACUCUGCCGGCCGGUCACGACCAGAAGGGGAGGUUGGAGGACGGGCCUGGCGACCAGAGGCCCAGAUGCCAGGGUAAAGUUCAGAGCUUGUGUUUCAAGUUUGGUGGUGGUAUUGCAUGCGGGUCGGUGGACCUGGGCCGCCCGAAACGUCGUCUGCCAGCGCCUCCGUCCGAACGUCCCCCGCCGGAAGCGUUCGCCCCCGCGCCCGGAAGCGACGCGAGGAAGCCGACCAACCCCUCCGUCCCGUCUUCGGCUGUGGCUGCGACCGGCGCCGCGGCCAGGAAGCGGCUGGGGUCGUCCAGCGGCCGGCCGAGCCCUCCGUGCUCGCCGCCGAGGACGCAUCGGACGGUCGUGACGACGAGACCUGCUUCCGCGAGAAACAGCCUUUCGUCGUCCACGACGGCAGCAACGAACAUGUCCCAGUCGGUGGGGCCCCGCAUCGGCUGCGGCGGCAACCGGACGACGCAGCCUCAACGCAAGCCGUGGGGGCUGAGCGGCUCGGAGGCGGACAUAGCCGCGGCCGCGGCCGACCCCGUGGGCGCGGAGGAGACGGCCAGUGUGGUCUCUGACACGAGCACGGAGCCGUCAUCGCACAGCUCGGGCUCGCGGGGCGGACCGACGAUGAAGCUGAACCGCGCCUUUGCCCUGAGGCGAGCGCGGCUGGGACUUCCCGACAUCGGAGGGCUACCUCCGACGGCGGCGUCGGGAGGGUCCAAAAAGAGCCUCCAUGGGAGCAACCCCAGCCUCUCAAGGCAGGACGGCGGAAGGUUCAGCCUCCGGUUGCCCCGCGGGACGCGGGCCACGGACGUGGCGCUUGGCCGUGCGGAGCUGCUCCGGGGAAAGUCACGCGGCAUGCACCAGCGCAACGACAGCGACCCCGGUGCGGCGUUCCGGUCGCAGCAGUUCUCCGCGUCGGACGGAGAGCGCCAGUCGCCACGGCCCUCCCGGCGGGGCGGUCAGCGCACCGGUGCCUCGUCUUGCAUUUCGGACGGCGAUGACGACGGGCUCCGGACCGGUUCGCCGGUCCUCUUCAACCGCUCGGCGUCGUUCGGGGCGCCCAACGACCCCACGCCGAGUGUGCCGGAAAGGAGGAAAAGCCGGGGCACCGCCUUUAGUCGGGGGGAAACCUUCCUCAAGGGCGCCCGAGAGGGCAGCGACGGCGGGGCGCUGGGAGGGACGUUUGUGCGGAGCUCCCGCGGCAAGGUGGAGAGGCAAUCCGGGGACGGAGAGAGCAAGACGCCGACGGAGAACGGGAUCAAGACCCCCUCGACCACAACGCCAGGCAGGAGAGAGCUGUCGGCCCUGGAUAGCCUGGUCAUCUCUGCCAUCCACCAACUGUCCGGGAAGCUUCGCACCAGUGCCCGCACCCUCAUCGAGAGGGAGAGGUUCAAGUACCCGGAAAACAGCGACGUGCGGCUGAUGAUCGAGGAGGUCCUUCCGCGCGUCGUGGAGCGGAGGCCGGGCGAUUCGCCCACCGAGGGCAACCUGACCAAGGAGCUGUCGACCAUCCUCAAGAACCUCAAGAGGAUCGAACAGAGUCUCGAAGUGCUAAAUUCCUUAGGCCCCGGGGAAAGCGUGGCGGAGAAGACUGUCGAGACAAAGACAACGCCGCAGAAGCCGAGGGGAAGCUUCUUCUACGUGGACGUCUAGGGAACUCCUGCCGCUGCCAAAAACGACGAAAAAGGGGACGUUUUCAACCCUGGGGCGAUGUCGAACGGCAUAAUCGCUUGUGCAUAGCGUGCUAAACACAACUAUUUCACUUUUUUUUUUGUCAAAUUAAGAUGUGCAUAUUUAAAUAGCCUCUAUUUGUUUGCAUUCUUGUAUAGUUACUGCGCUUCAGUUUUUUUAGGGGGGUGCAAAUAACGGUUCGAAUAGAGUGCUAGUGUUGCAUCGUUCACAACUUCUUACAGUGCAAGGACAAGCCAUGACAACAAAUUCUCUUAAAAACGCAUCAAUCUUUGAAAAAAAAAAAAAUUGCUAUGUUUUUUUUUAAAUGCCUUCAUGGAAAUGGAUUGUAACAAAAUUAUAUUCCCCACAAAAAUAUUUAAAAAAAUUUAUAUUUAGAGAGAUUGACCUUGGAAUAGAAGCAUGUUUUAAAAUUGCCUCAGCUCAAAAUGUGUCUCGCGUCAUAAAUACCGUGCUAUUUUUUGUGUUAUCAUUAGAAAAAGUUAAUUUUGUAUGCAUCUUUCCUACUCAAGCACUAGAAGAAAAAAAUUUUUUUUGAGAGUUCAGUGUUUUUUACACAUUGACACCAAAAAUGACGCUGCAUUUUUCAGUUCUAGCCGUUAUUUGCACAACCUUAGUUAUUUUUUACUUUUUUUUUUUAAGGACUGCAAUAUUCAAGUUGCUUUCUAUUUUCGUGUAGAGGAAAAUUAUUGUCGCUUGUAUAUUAGGUUUUUAUUUUCGAUUGUGUCUCAUCUCUACCUGCUCAAUGUGAAGACUACUUGUGAACUUGAGUUGUCAUGGAUUGUGAAAAAGUUGCCAGAGUUUGUGAUCUUGAGCAUCUUUUCUUUUUUCUUUUGGUAUGUUCGGCUUUCAUUCCUUUCUACGCUUCCUUUCGAGGUAAUUUAAUUUUUCCACUAAGUUGGCAGUGCGAGCUUUUCCCACAUCUUUAUGGGGUCUUUUUGUUUUUCUGGAGCAUGUCUGCCCUGCCAAGAGUUGAAAAACAAAAACUGGCUUGACGUCUACCGAGCCAUGCCUUGUAUAUAUAUAUACCUGUAUAAAGCAAAUGCUGUUUUUGUGAUAUAUAAAUGAACCCAGCAGGUCUUGUUGAGAAUUUGGUGCGCUGUGCGUGUUACAGCAGCUUAUCCGACCAAAAAUACUAUGAACGUGGCUGCCGCCGACAGAGGGAGCUUGAAACCAACUAAAUUGCAGCGCAUACCUCAUGCCUUUAGGGUAAAGUGAUUUAUAGAUUUUGUUUUCAAAGGAUUAUUGGAGCAAAUUGUGCAAUUAAGAUCUAUUGACCCGUCUCAUGUGCGCGCUUCAUUGAAGAGAGUACAUGGACGCUGCAUUUUGAAAACGCUAUAUAAAAAGGACGUCUUCCACUUACUGAUUUUGUGUGGUGAUCAUUAUGAACAAGUUAUCAGAGAUGGUAUUGCUGCUUGGGAGUGCAACUGUGGCAAAGGGAAUUGUGGAAUCUGACAUAGACCCCUUUCGAAAGUCGUGUGCGAAUUGUUAGAAUGUCGGAACUCCUACUGCACAGCCACCAGUGCAAAAUGUGCAAGUCAUCAUAUAAGAUGGCUAUAGAAUGGAUUUAGUAGCAUUUUCUAACUAUACUCUGUUUCACAUAAUGUCCGGCCGCAGCAGAUGUUAUGAGCCAUCGGAGCCCCUCAGAGGGGUUGCAGCGACAUGCGGAGAGCAUAGUAUGGCAUCCCACAUUCACUGCACUGGAUAGGCUGGGAUGGCUCGUAACGUCUGCCUCAGCCAGACUUAAUGAAACGGAGCAUAGCCGUUACUUUCCAAUCCAACCAAGGACCACUAGUGCACUGUGUUGUUGCAGCUUUGGUCUGUCAUUGUGCAGGGUUUCCACAGCUUCCGACAGAGGGCAGACUUUCAAAGGGUCUAUAGCAAAAUCUGUGUGCCGAAAUUUUGAAAAUGAAACCACAUUAUUUUGAGUUCAAACCGCUCACAGAAUGGCUUUGUUGCCAUUGGAAGUAUGGAAUUGCAAAGUAAAUAUGGGUAAACCCACUGUUCCAGAAA